GAAAGGUUUCCUACUAUAUUAAGAUGAGAAAUGCUCAAAGAUAUAUCAGUCCCUGAAGACAUCUCUCAGUAACAAGACUUCCUUUGCCCAUUUCCAUUGACACGUGAUUAUAAUCAUGAUAAAAUUUAUUUUUCUCUGCUGUCUGAGUUUGGCAGCAGCGUAUCCAAUUACAAUAACUGAAUUUGCGGGAAGAUAUUAUCUACCAUUUUUCAAUAAUUAUCAAAAAAUUGAAAGAUCCGAUAGUUAUGCGGCUGCUACUGAAAAUGGAGAUUAUGGUGGUGGUGAUGUAACAGGAACAGAAGCGCACUAUCUUUCUGGUGACAAUACUGGAGUACAUGUGGAACCAAGUGGUUAUGAAGGACAACAGGAUUAUUCUUCAUAUUCUGAUUUUGGCAAUUAUCAUGGAGGAAAUGAUGAUUCUUCUCAUGGAUUCGAAGAUCAUGGGAAUAAUUAUGUUCACAGUGUUCCUGUGUCUGAACAUGUUGAGGUGACAAAACCAAUUGCCAUUCCUGUUUAUAAAGAUAUUGGAAUACCAGUUCCUCAGCCAGUGAAGAUCAAUGUUCCUCAUCCAGUGGCAGUUGGUGUUAAUCAACCUUAUCCAGUUGCAGUUCCUGUUGCGAGGCCAGUUCCCAUUCAAAUUAUAAAAACUAUAGCUGUACCUGUGGAGAAAAAAGUUCCAUAUCCUGUAGAAAAACAUAUCCCUGUUCCUGUUGAGAAACCUGUACCAAUAACAAUUGAAAAACAUAUUCCUGUACCACUUGUGAAACCUUAUCCAAUCAAAAUUCCCAUUUACAAAACUAUUUAUCAUCAUGCCAAGGGCCAUAGUCACGUUCACAGUCACUAAAAAUACAAAAAGAAAAAUGAAUUUUUUUUAAUGAUAAUUAUAAAAACACUAAAAUUGAUGUAAAUUUUUAGGUGAAAAUUUUGAUGUCCUCUCUAAAAAUGAAAUCAAAUUUUUUCGUAAAAAUAAUUUACAUUAAACAUUUAAUUCUUUUUGUACGUCAUACUUUGUAAAAGUGAUUUUUUGUAACGAAACCAUUGUUCAUAAAAGUUACCAAGACGAUACUAAAGGUGAUAAGAGAAAUGCAUUUUUUUUUGUAAUUAAACGUGUGUACAGUAAAGUAUGUGUCCGAUAUCUGACUAUACUUUGAGAAAGUUUACAAGAAAAAAAAAACUGUCUUGUCUUCUCUUACACCAAUGUUUUUUGUUGUUGUUAUUAUUGUUGUUGUUGUUGUACAUAGUGUUGAUCAGCGUUUUUUUAUUUGUUAAGUUUCUAUUUUUGUAUCGUUAAACAUUUUACAAUAAAAAUCAAUAAAAAAAA